AUGUUCUCGUCUAAUACACAACUCACCCUGAUUUGGAAACCUCCACAUAAACCGAAUGGAAAAAUAGUGCGAUAUGAAGUAAUCUUAAAAGUUAAAGAGUAUUGCGGUUGUAGGGAUUUAGAAAUAUCUACGCCGGAUAAUCACAUUAUUACAACAUCUACAAUAGAGCCAAGGAUCACAAUUCCGGAUUUACAUUUGUACACGUUUUAUAGUGCCCAAAUCAUAGCUCAUAACUCACGUCAUUUUAGCAUGAACACAGAAACAGCCUUCAUUACAGCACAAUCUGAAAUACCAUCAGAAGUAUUUACUCAGUUGAAAAUACAAGACUGGAAAUUGUCAUGGAGUCCGCCUGAAGAUUGUACAACGAUUCUGGGAUCAUUGAAAGCCAGAAUAAAAAUACAAGAUUUGGAUCAAUUAAGUCCGAAAUUAAAUGGUGUUGAGCGAUACUUGGCAACAGUUUACGUAAUAAGAGAUUUUUUAAGCAAAGAAAAUGCUUCCGCUUAUCAAAAAUACGAGUUUGAAACUCCGCCGACAGGCACAGAAUAA